AUGCCAUCCGCUGGAAGCUAUCUCCACUGGAUUGAUAUUGCUCAUACUGUUCCGCAAAUUGGAUUUUUUGCUUCUACAGUAUUAGGGUCAAUAGUGUUGUUUCUGAACUUUUGCGGUGCUCAAAAUAAGUUCGGACCGUAUAAAUACAUUGUCAACUCGUCUACUAUUUUGGGUAUGGUAUUCUCUAUCGUGGAGGUUAUUGUUUAUCCCAAGUCAGCAGCUGUCGUUUCAGUCAGCUACACGUUUUCCUAUGCGGCCACAAUAGCUUUAGUAGCGACGCAGUUUAUCUAUCGGUAUUGGGCUAUUUUCGAGUGA